AUGGAAAACAUGGAUGAAGCCAGUCAAGCAACAAUUAUUACACUCCUCCUUCGUGACACGGAAGACAUCUUUGACGCAAGCGUAGACACUCAUGUGUACUCGGAUCUUCAGCUAGCCCUGAGUCUCUGGCAGGAGGAAAUUGACAACUACGCCAAUGUUGCAGAAGAUCGCAAGAUAGCGGAGCGCAUCGCCAGCGCACCUAGACGAGGUAGAGGAAAUCGGACAGUUGUCCGUGGUAGAGACGACGAACGCGUUACUGCAUCCUGGCAUCGUUUGGCAGCGGGGAAAGAGGUAGACUUGCUUGGAUACGACCCGCCAGCCCAGGCUCAAGCUAAAAGCUCCGAAAAGAGUGUCACACCUCAAAAACAACCUGAACUUGAGCCCGAACCCGAACAUGAACGUGAACGUGACCGUGACCCCCCUAAACCCAAUCCUCUCAGAUGCAUCUCGUGCUCAGGGAUGGUAGCGCCAGACACAGCAAUCAAAACCCCCUGCUCCCACCACCACUGCCGUACAUGUGUGCUAGAGCUUGUCCAACUUUCACUCGACAGCGAAACGAUAUUUGCACCGCAAUGUUGCCACACUGAAAUUCCCUUGACUCUGCUACAACCCAUCUUCGAUUCUGAGCCGGACAUCGAAAGGCAAUUUGACGAGAAAGUGACUUACCAUAAUGAUUCGAACCGGACGUACUGCUCCAACUCGACGUGCGCGCGGUAUCUCGGUCCCAACACAAAAUCCCCGGGCACAAAUAUGAGAUACUGCGUGGGUUGCUUGCGCUGGACCUGUGUGACUUGUCAAAAGACCCAUGUGCCGUGGAUGGGGUGCCAGUUUGGCGAUGAGGAAGUCUUGCAGUGGGUGAAGCAAUGGAACUGGCAGCAAUGUUUGCAAUGUAAGCACUGGGUUGAACUUGAGGCGGGUUGCAACCAUGUUGUUUGCCGCUGUGGGAACGGAUUCUGUUACGAAUGCGGUGCGAAGUGGAAGAGCUGCGAUUGCGAGUUGCAUCGCUAUUUUGGCCGUGUUUAG